UGCGCAUUUCCUUUGAAACAUGAGAGCUGCCACAUUGUUGAAUAUUGGAGCUCCUCAGUUGAUUACUUGGGCAACUGUUUUGGGACUAGCUCAAUGUUAUAUCGUUUUUGGACCAACCGUGGCUCCAAAUUUUGAGCGGAAAGAAGGAUUGUUAGCUUCCCCUUGCCCUGAUUCUCAUCCUUGGGCUUAUGCUAAUGGCACUCGAUGUUGCGGACACUAUCACCAGGUGAAUGACUUCCGCAUCAUUUUGGAUUGGUAUGACCCAGAUCCACUCUGUUCUGAAGGUGAUUCAAUCCCAUGUCCAAGCACUUCUUUGUGCAAGACCACCAAUGAACCCAUGGAAGCCAUCCAUUGCCCAGAAACUCAUCCAUGGGCAAUUGCAAAUGGUACCCAAUGCUGUGAACGAUUCCAUAACGCCAAUGAUUUUAGCAGAGCAUUGGAUUGGCAUGACCCGGAAUCAUUGUGCUAUGGAGGCAAUUCAAUCUCCUGCCCUACAAGAACAUAUUGUGAGACUGCGGUUGAAUAUAAGGAUCCGGACAAUUGCCCUAAAGAGUAUUCAUUUCAAAUUCGGAAUGCGUGCUGUAAAACUAACAUUAGAACAACGGGUGGAACUUGCAAUGGUGGCAUAAUGGGCACCGAUGAUGAUCCACAAUGUUGCAAGCCAGAGUAUUUGUACCAACCUUCUCAUUGUCAAACAUUCAAAAAGCGAUGCCGGUCGACCUCUACGAAUCCAGACUGUCAUUGGAGAGGUAUUGGAGUUAUUGGAAAUGACCUUGGGGAUCCUUACACGCCUGUUCAAGAAUUUGACGGCACAGCGUAUGUUGGUAACACAAAAGUAUUUGACACGCACUUUGAAUGUCAGUUCGAAUGCCAAAAGGUGGCACAAUGUGAGUUUUACUCGUUCCAUGAACACACAAUGAACCCUGAUUUUGGUCGUGGCUUCUGUUACUUGAAGAGCAGUAAGGCUGCAGGAACCUGCGUCUACGAAGAAAAAACAUCAGGCCCCAAGUAUUGUCUGUAGGAUGGAAUGAUAUGAGAUGACACGUCGAUGAUGAUUUCAAGAAAUAAAACAAAAAGUACUUUCUUUUU